AUAUCUAGAAGGGCAAUUUUGCGACCAGCAACUCAGUGGGCACUUUACAAGGACCUGCAGCAGCUUGACAUGACCGUUGAGAGUUCAGCCGUUGACCAAGCAGAAUUCCUUGAAGUUGACGUGAUGACAGGCAGACUAACUCUGAAGCCAAAGACGGGUCAGAGUGCACACGCUGUCUUCGCAAUGACAGUUAGCCAAGCUCAAAUACCUAUUUCACUAGCCAAUCCUAUUCUGAAUAGUCGACAUUCAGAGGGACCUAGUUUAGCAGAAGCCCCUCGAGGAUUAGGCCAAGUUUAA